CCCCCGGCGCGGCGCUGCGAGCCAAGAUGGCGGCGCUGAGCGGCGGCGGCAGCGCCGAGGGGGCCUCGCUCUUCAACGGCGACGCCGAGACCGAGCCGCCCGCGGCCGCGCUCGCCGCCUGCUACGCCGCGGGUGGCGGCGGCGGCGACCCGGCCAUCCCGGAGGAGGUGUGGAAUAUCAAACAGAUGAUUAAAUUAACACAAGAACAUAUAGAAGCAUUGCUAGACAAGUUUGGAGGAGAGCAUAACCCACCAUCAAUAUAUUUAGAGGCCUAUGAAGAGUACACCAGCAAACUAGAUGCUCUACAGCAGAGAGAACAGCAAUUAUUGGAAUCCAUGGGGAAUGGAACUGAUUUCUCUGUCUCCAGUUCAGCUUCAACAGACACAGUUGCAUCAUCUUCCUCCUCUAGCCUCUCAGUAGCAACUUCAUCCCUUUCAGUCUAUCAAAACCCUACUGAUAUGUCACGGAAUAACCCUAAGUCUCCACAGAAGCCUAUUGUUAGAGUCUUCCUGCCCAACAAGCAAAGGACUGUGGUUCCGGCAAGAUGCGGGGUGACAGUCCGAGACAGCCUAAAGAAAGCUCUGAUGAUGCGAGGUCUUAUUCCAGAAUGCUGUGCUGUUUACAGAAUACAAGAUGGAGAGAAGAAGCCAAUUGGCUGGGACACUGACAUUUCCUGGCUCACAGGAGAGGAGUUGCACGUGGAAGUCCUGGAGAAUGUGCCACUCACGACACACAAUUUUGUACGAAAAACAUUCUUCACGUUAGCGUUCUGCGACUUUUGUCGAAAGCUGCUUUUCCAGGGAUUCCGAUGUCAGACAUGUGGCUAUAAAUUUCACCAGCGCUGUAGUACAGAAGUGCCACUGAUGUGUGUUAACUAUGACCAACUUGAUUUGCUGUUUGUCUCCAAGUUCUUUGAACAUCACCCCAUACCGCAGGAGGAGGCCUCCUUAGGAGAGACCACCCCAGCAUCUGGAUCGUACCCUUCAGUGCCCCCCUCAGAUUCUGUUGGACCAUCAAUUCUCCCUAGUCCUUCUCCUUCAAAAUCCAUUCCAAUCCCACAGCCCUUCCGACCAGCAGAUGAAGACCAUCGGAAUCAGUUUGGGCAACGCGACCGAUCCUCUUCAGCUCCCAAUGUUCACAUCAAUACAAUCGAGCCAGUCAAUAUUGAUGACUUGAUUAGAGACCAGGGUGUACGAGGAGAGGGAGCCCCUUUGAACCAGCUGAUGCGCUGUCUUCGGAAAUACCAAUCCCGGACUCCCAGUCCCCUCCUUCAUUCUGUCCCCAGUGAAAUAGUGUUUGAUUUUGAGCCUGGCCCAGUGUUCAGAGGUUCAACUGCAGGUUUGUCUGCAACACCUCCUGCCUCUUUGCCUGGGUCACUCACUAAUGUGAAAGCGUUACAGAAAUCACCAGGACCCCAACGAGAAAGGAAAUCAUCCUCAUCCUCAGAAGACAGAAAUAGAAUGAAAACCCUUGGUCGACGGGAUUCAAGUGAUGAUUGGGAGAUACCAGAUGGACAGAUCACAGUUGGACAAAGGAUAGGAUCUGGAUCAUUUGGAACAGUCUACAAAGGAAAGUGGCAUGGUGAUGUGGCAGUGAAAAUGUUGAAUGUUACAGCACCCACACCUCAACAGUUACAGGCUUUCAAAAAUGAAGUAGGAGUGCUCAGGAAAACACGGCAUGUGAAUAUCCUUCUUUUUAUGGGCUAUUCAACAAAGCCUCAGUUGGCUAUUGUUACCCAAUGGUGUGAGGGGUCAAGUUUAUAUCACCAUCUACACAUCAUUGAGACCAAAUUUGAAAUGAUUAAACUAAUUGAUAUUGCACGACAGACUGCACAAGGCAUGGAUUAUUUGCAUGCCAAGUCAAUCAUCCACAGAGACCUCAAGAGUAAUAAUAUUUUUCUUCAUGAAGACCUCACAGUAAAAAUAGGUGACUUUGGUCUAGCUACAGUGAAAUCACGAUGGAGUGGAUCUCAUCAAUUUGAACAGUUGUCUGGAUCUAUUCUAUGGAUGGCACCAGAAGUUAUAAGGAUGCAAGACAAAAACCCAUACAGUUUUCAGUCGGAUGUGUAUGCGUUUGGGAUUGUUCUUUAUGAAUUGAUGACUGGACAGUUACCAUACUCAAACAUCAACAACAGGGACCAGAUAAUUUUUAUGGUGGGACGAGGAUAUCUAUCGCCAGACCUCAGCAAAGUACGGAGCAACUGUCCAAAAGCUAUGAAGAGAUUAAUGGCAGAAUGCUUAAAAAAGAAAAGAGAUGAGAGACCCCUUUUUCCACAGAUUCUUGCCUCCAUUGAGCUUCUGGCCCGGUCAUUGCCAAAAAUUCACCGCAGUGCAUCUGAGCCGUCAUUAAACCGGGCUGGCUUCCAAACAGAGGAUUUUAGUCUGUAUGCUUGUGCUUCUCCAAAAACACCCAUCCAAGCAGGGGGAUACGGAGAAUUUGCAGCGUUCAAGUAGCCACAGCACCAUGGCAGCACCCACUCUGUUAUUUAAGUCUUGUGUUCCUACAGUUUCUUAACAUCAAAACUCUAUUCUGCUCCGCCAAGCCUAAAGUAAUUUAGAAAAGAUAUCCAUAAGCUUAAAAGUGGAGCAGAAUGGAACUGCCAGUCCAACACAAUGGGAAAAAGUACCUUUUUAGGAACCAGAAUACUCUGCUGCCAGUGUUUCUCCUUCAACACAAAACACCAUGUGCAUUCGGAGACCCGCAGUGGCUGCCUGUGCCGUUGGCAUCAUUCCCAGGAGAGAGGAGAGGGCGCUCGUGGUUUGACUUUGGUGCUCAGGCAUGAGGGGAUGGAACUGCUGCUGCAACUUAGGAGACUUGCUUUGGAUGGUCUGCCGGUCGGCUUUCUCCCUCUAACAACGUAUCAUCAGAGGCUGAAUAUCUGAUGAGUGCUAAUUAAAAGAAUCAUCCUCCGUUCUGAUCUCUCUUCCUGGUGUACUCACUGGUUUGUGGACAACGCAGUAUCCUCUUUUCACUGUGUUACAAUGUCAAACACUUAAUUCUGUCUAAAUUGGGGGGUUUUAUUCCAGUAAAAUUAAAAAGCGUGGGGUGGUGGAAGCUGGAGAAGAUGUUACUCUAAAGGUGAAGAUGUUAAUCUGAAGGAAAAGGGGAUGCUGCUGCACUUUUUGUCAGAUUUACUUUAUCACUUCCUCAAAAAACAAGUGACAACCACCAACCUUAACCUUUUCCUUUUCCAGUAUUUUCUUGGUGUGUGCAUAUACAACAUCUUUUAGAAGGGUUAAGUAGAUCCUUCUUUUGUUGGUCCAGCAACAAACAAGUUUUAAAAAAAAAUGUAGCGAGAUUGUCCUUUUUUUUUUCUUUUUUUUUUUUUUUUGGUAUCAUAUGAUACAGUGUAUUUAUGAAAGAUGCUACUGCAGCAUCUGAAGUCUGUAGAAUUCCUGAUACAGACUGUGAACGGUGUAUGUACCUACUUUAAAAGUUUUAUUUUAAAUGAGGGUGCAGGUUAAUGCCAGGUACCUUACCAAUAUGUAAUGUUGUCAUAAAUGGGAAAAAAAGUUCUCAGGUUGAAUUGAAUACAAAUACAAAACCCCCUAGAAUUAGACAUUCCGAAAAUUGUUUUGGUACUUUCAACAGCUUUUUUUUUUUUUUUAAUGAUUUUUAUCCUGUUAACUAAAUGUCCUCUGAUACGUGUGUGUGUAAAUGUGGAGCAUCUUGUCCUAAUGGCAAGUUGUUAGAUCACAACAAAACGGUACUUGCUGGAUCCACGCUGACUACUUCUCUCAUCGCUUUCUUCCCUGUGAUCUCCUUCCCUUCCGUUUGUCUUUCCCUUUUGUACACUUUGCAAACUGGGAUGAAGGUGGCGGUAUCUACUUCAGAGUGCUUUGUUUUCCUGUCCUCCAGUCCUGGUUUUCAAAUGGUUGGUAGCUUUUUGACAAGUUACCCAGUCAGGGAAAAAAAAAAAAAAAGGAAAAAAAAAGCUCAUCAAGUUCUGCACAUUGUUUACCUCUAGUAGAAUAUCUUGUGAUGUGAUCUGUUUGCAGAGUUCUCUGGUAUGUGGUAUUAAAUGUAAAUUAUUUGUACAGAGGCAAGUCAGACCACAUUAGAAAGAAAUUCAAGCUCAGACAGAAGUUUUCAGAAUUUGAUCCGUAUCUGCCCUGUACCACUCCACGUGAGGCAGGAGAGCUGACCCACCUCUGGCUGGGAGAUCUGGGGGGGAGGAAGAUGUUAGACAAAACCGUGACAAAUAAAUGAAGGAGUUAAGUGUGUGUACAUGCGGUGUCCCUACUAAACGUGUGUAUUGGGCGAGGGGACCGUCCGUGUUUCUGUCUGCAGAAGGCUGCUCUCGGGCUAAGGGAGAAACACACGUCAGUAGCGGGACGCGGUGUUAAAACCCCGGAGUUGUGCGGUGUUGCUGGUAGUCUGUGAUGGUCGUCAGUAAAUAUUUACUGGGCUUAUAGGGACCGGACUAAUCUGAAGUGGGAAUUAUAACUGAAAUACUGUGUAUUCAUAUUAAUUCCACAAACAUUAGCAAGACAGCAAUAGUGAAUGACUUAAUAGUCACUACAAGAGUGAAGUGAUUCAUGUUGGUACAUGAAUAGAAUUGACUUUGUGUACAGGAUGCAUUUAAAAAAAAAAAAAGCACAAUUUUUUCUCGUCUGCUGUGGGUCUUCAGAUGCUGUAAGGCUUUUUCUCCUCACUGAGAUUGGCAGGAAUUUCACUAGUAGCAAUAGCCACUUCCCAGUGUGGAGAAGCUGCUGAAGCGAGCGGUGGUCGGAGGCGCGGACGUGACCCGGGUGGCAGGCGGCGGGGCCGGUGCGGUCGGCAGGCCAGUGAGAUAUUCACAGAGAUCAGCUCCAAGAGGGCCCUCUCGCUGCUCAUUCUCCUUCCACCCCACACGUCGUUUCAGCCCUUGGAUGGGCUGUGGCCUAAUUCGUAAAUGUAGGGCAUACUGGAAAUUAAUAUGCUCUUGAAAGAAACUGUUACCGGAGCGAGUACGUACAGGUGGUUCAAGAGUCGUUGGUUUCACAGAGCUUGAUAAAAGCCCUAGUUUCCUUCCACAAGGUCAUGCUAGCAGAAAACUGUCUGCUAAAAUAUAACUGUUAGGAAUUCCUUUGCUUAAAACAAACUUACUUUUGUGAAGAUUCAUUACCCAUUAGUCUACGAUAUGCUUCUUGAGCCCAUAGGAAAAGCACAAGGAAAAUUGCUAUCCUUGUCCAUGCAAAGCACUUUAUAAGUAACACAUGAUCUUUGUGUUGUGUUUUCUUUCUUUUUUUUUUUUUUUAAAUUGGGGUUUGUUUGUUUUGUUUCAUUUUUCUGUUUUGUUUGUGUCUUUUUUUUUUUUUCCCUGAGGAAUGUGCAAGUUGUUUGGCUGCUGUUUAGAGAAAUCCUUUCAGGAUGCAUUUCUACUGGUUUCCAUGUUUGUUCUUUUCCCUUUGGAUAGCUGUAGUAACAUGUUUAUCUUUAAGAGGUCCCACGUAAUACUCAUGGAAAACUUUGGAAGAAAUUUGGUUUGUAAAUAACUGGGAUUAUUUUUUUUAUAUAUCUUUUCCUUCAAGAAUGUUUCUGGAUGUCUUGCAUGCCAUCAGAAUUAGUCUUAAAGGUGCCCUGUUGAUGUUUAGGGAAUGGGGAGAUGAGUAGACAAGAAUUGAAUACCCUGUUAUAGCAUUGCAAUGAAGGAAGUAAAAUGAAAUAACAAAUACAUUCAUGUUCAUUGCACCAAACUUCUUAAGCUUCUCUAUGAUGUCCCAACCACAAGCACAUGCCAUAGGAUGGAAAUGCUAGUACAUGUUUUGUGUGUGUGUGUGUGUGUGUUGGGACAAACAUCUAGGCAGUCAUGUCGCUUGUCUAGUGUCUAAUAACUGUUUUCAAAACAACCUGUAUCCAGUCCCAGCUCUUCAUGAUGCCCUUACUAACCACAUGCGUAUCUUCCCCUCUGCCUUUCCUUUUCCAUACAGUUGGAAGAGAGCUGUUACCCGUUACAUCUUCCCUGUUCAGUAUGUGAUUGUUUCCUAUGGCAUAUUUGCUGGAACUGGAACGUUGUAGUGGAGCUUAAACCAAAUGGUGUGGGCACAGAGGCCUGCUUAUUUUGAAAGUAAUUUCUGCAUGAAUUAAAUCCUAUAUGGCCUCAGAUACAAUUAGCUCAGUAGGGUUUUUUUGUUGUUGUUGUUUUCCCUGAACUCAUGCAAGUCAUUAAAUGAAUCCACUUCUGCCUUUUAUGCUUACCUAAAAUCAUCUUUUCUUGUACUGGAAUGCUUUAGCAGCUGAUGAUGAUGCAGAAUGAUUGAGGCCAUGUACUGCCAUCUUACUGUGGCCUCUCAGCAUCAACUGGACUAGUACGUACUCGUCAGAGGCAGAAUUUGGCCGUUAUGAUCUAAAACGAAUGAAAUGCUGGCUGUUGAUAAAUACCAUGUCCUUCCACAAAUGCCCCAACAGGGGGGAAAAGACACUGAAGGUCAUGUAUAAAUAGGUUUGUUUCUGUGUUUGCCUGGUGAUGUGAACGCAUCCAGAAUUUUGCAGAAUAUCCGGGGAAGCCAGGUCCUCAGAAACCUUACAAUCACGUGUAAGUUAAGUUGAGGAUUUAAUAACUGAAGGGGCUAAAUUUAGGGAAGAAGCAUGUAGACAUUUCACACCUUUACAGACUAUAAAUUGAAUUCCCUUCUUAACUGUGAGUACAGCAUGUGUAGCACAAAUUAUUCAUAGUACUGUAGGCAAUGUCUUCUGUCUGUUGAAAAAACCUUUCACCAGUAGCACAAUAUGACAGGCAAAGCUUCUAGGUACAGUCAAGCUCAGUUAAAAACCAGUUGCAUGAACGGACUGUUAUGGCAUCGCUUCGAAGGUGCUGGGUGUUCUGUUUUUCUGUUACUCAUUUUACAUAGAAGUUUAUGAAACAAACUGUUUACUGCAGCCUUGUUAAUAUGUAUUUGCACUUCGUGUCUGUUUUGGCAUGCAUUUUUAAGUAUCUUUCGUCAUUGCUUCGUUACUUCUUACCAAGUGAAAAUCAUCAAAAGAGCAGAGAAUUUAAGUUUCGAGGAUGCUAAUGUAGAAGCUACUAAGUCAGCAGUAAAUAAUGACAAAAUUGUGGAGGGAGGAAACUGUUUAAAAAUUUCAGAAUAUAGAGGAUACCAAGAAUGAAUUCAAGUGAAAACUCGCAUGUAUCUUUUCUUCAGAGAAGAGAGCUACCGAGACCCUCUGUGAAAUGGUUUACAUAGGAAUCUCCCCAAAAGAGUCUUGCAGUUUGCCAAAUGAUCAUGUGCCUUCACAACCUACAAAGUACAACAGAAUGUAAACCAGGUGCUUUCUAACUAGAGCAGUGGCUUUGGUUUACUUCUGAUGCAGUAGUUUUGUAUAUAGCUGUUAAUAUAGGUAGGCAUUUUGGAGUUGGUAAACUUCUGUAAAGGAGCAAGGAGAGCAGAGAGCAUUCCCCAAAACACCUACAAUCAUUUCAGAGCUAGGAAUUGAAGGAUACUGAUUCAGUUACAGUAAACCUGCUACUUGAAAUCUGCUCUACUGAAAAUUGAAUGAGGUUCACUUAAUCUAAAUAAAUAAACCCUCCUCCCCCUCCAAAGACACCAAGAUGGUGUCAAAAAAAGGUAAUGUAAAGCUUUGAGUUACACUGUCGUGACAUCUUGGAACGAGACGGUAGAUGAAAAAUGAGAACUAGAUUGGGAGAAAUUGAUGGCUAGUACUCCUGUAAUCAAAGUCCACAUAUAUCAGAUUAUACAAUGAAUUCCCUGGCCCGGAAAGUGCAAUUAAUUUUGUUUUAUGGAAUAUCAGCAGGCUUCCUUAGCUCUUCUUCAGGCCUCUUGCAGUUCCCCAGCAAUGCACACUGUUACUGCACGUUAACCCUGGGAGGCGAUAGGUAUCAUGUCAGCGCAGGGACAGCCAGUGUGUUCCAGUUUGAGUUGCUCAAGGUUCAGUCUGGUUACAGAGGCUUCUGGCAGUACCUACACACUAGUGUCAGUUUUAACCUAUUUGUCCAGAAGGACGAAAGAAUGGCUUUCGGUGUUAGUGCUUUUUCUUUCGCAGGUCUUUCCCUUUUCUUUUUUGGUGCGAGACUUUGGACAUAAUUGUAAAUCACAGAGUUAUGUCUAAAUGGACAGUUCAUGCAAAUAUUAGGCUGAUUUUAACUUGGUUUUGACCCUUUUAGAAA